AUGAGAGAAACCUUCUUGGCCUUUUUGAAAAAAAAGUACUCUAUACGUGCAAAAUCCAGUGGUCUUGAUUAUGACAAACUUAAACGAUGGAUUUCGAUUUGCAAUGAUAAGAAAACAGUUUUAAUCUCAAUUGAUCUAGAAGUGUUUGAACGUUCUCAUUCGUCUUGCACUGAAUUUGGUAUUGCAAUAUAUGAUCCAAUAAAUCAAAAAAAUUCGCCAUUUCCAGAUAUAAUCAAUUUGCAUUUUUUAAUCAAAGAAAAUAUCAAAUUGUACAACACCCAAUAUGUUCCAAAUAAUAAACAUAGAUUCAUCAAUGGAGUAUCGUAUGUUGUUGAUAACAAUAGCAUCAAAUUAAUCCUAGACACAAUCGUUAACUAUUAUCAAGGUUUUACAAACAUUGCAUUUGUUGGCCAUCAUUUUUCUUCUGACCAGGCUUUUAUUUCAAAGUCUUUCAAGUUUUCAAUUGAUUCUGAUAAAUAUGAUAUUAUAGACACAUCGUCGAUUUGGCAAAUGACUGCAACUGGUAAGAAUGCUCUAAAAUCAAAAUUAUCAUAUGUGUUAUAUAAAUUGGGAAUUCCAGGAGUUUAUUUACACAAUGGUGCUAAUGAUGCUUACUAUACUUUGAUUGCUGCCUUGAAACUAUGCGAUCCUGAAUUGAGAAUUAAUAAA